AUUGUUGUCCGUGGCUUUGAUUGGCGAAACAAGAUUAGCAUUGGCACAGACACAGUUGCCAGUGCAAUGGUGGCCAAUACUCUGGAGCAGCAAACGUCGGAAAAGGCAGAAGAGACUCAGGUUGAGAUCUUGGAAAAUGCGGAUAUCCUUAGACUUGGAAUUGAUUAGGAAGACCUUAACAUGGCCUCAAUCUUUGCAUUUAAGGAUUUUAAUGAAUGUGUUAAAAAAGAGAUAAAUAUGUUAGGGAUUCGUGUUUCUAAAUUUUGUAUGUGGGAUGUUCCAUUCAGGAUGUCAUAUUUAGGAAUCACAGUAGAGAUAAUGGUUAUGUACAUGAAAGCUGUUAUUUAGCCACUUAAGGUUUAAACACUGAAUUUUACAAUUCAGUCACACAGAUAUGCAGAAAUAUGCCUGAAUUUCAUUAAGACCACAUAAUUACAGUUUUGGUUUUAGGAAUUGUUACAUUAUUAUUGCUAUAUACUUUUUAUGGCAGUGGUUAAAUUAUUCGUUUAUGGGGUUCUUUUUGUUUUAAAAAUAAGCAUUAUUUUAUUACUACAGAUAUGCUUUUAGCCCACUGGAAUGACAUAUACAUGCCAUCUCAGUGUCCACUGUGAUUUCAGUUUAUUGAUUUUCUGUGCACAGAUAGCUCCACAAAAGUUUAGUCACCAAGGAGUAAUUUUCUAGGCCUACCUGAUCUCGUCUGUUUACCCUAUAAUUUGAUAUUUUUUAUGAAGGUUUAUUUAUUACAAUAUGAUGAUAAUUAUGCCAAUGAUGAUAAUAAUAUUGGUAAUGAUAAUAAUAGUAUAAGAAAAAUAAAACAGAUCCCAGUAACUCAAGCAAUGUGUUAAACAGGUAAGGUCAAUUAGGCCUAGUAACUAACUUCUUGGUGACUAAGCACUUCUGAAUCCAUCUUUGAGUAUGUAGAAUAGUCAAAAGAGAACUACAGUGGACAGUGCAUAUACCCAGUACCAGGGGCAAAAAAGAACCAGAUUCUUUUACCAAAUAAGGUGCAUUUUUCUGUUAAUGGGUGUUGUGAUUUUUAUUACUUAAUAUUUAAUAUAGUUAAAGUUUAUAUUUUCUUGAAAUUCAAAAAAAUUCCUUUGUAAUUUGAAUUGAAUUUCAUAGUCAGUUAAAAGUUUAUUGAUUAUUUCUAUUUCAUUUUCUUGAAAUUUAGGAAUACAUUUACUGGUCUUUUCAUUGAAAGUAUAACUUUAUCACCCAUAAUGAAAUACUGAAAAAUUGUCAUUAUUGCUUGACAUGUGAUCUGUGGACCAACCCACUUACUCUAAUUUUAGGCUUAGGUUUAGAUGAAUGAAAAGUUCUUUUGUAGGCAAGGGGAAGAAAUGCUAUUGCCUUACUUAGUAGUGAGAAAUAUCAUAGCAAUAGAGUGACAAUUGGUGCUCAGAUUUUAGACCUUUUUGUAAAUUACCAACCGGUGAAUUUCAUGAUGUUAUAAUAUGAUGGCCUUUUAUUAUGAAAAUUGCCUAUAUUUAAGGACUAAAUGCCUUAAUAUUCAGUAAUAUUGAAAAGGAAGAGCAUGAAUCAUGACUAGAUGUUUUUAGAUACAUGAUUUUAUCACAUUAUUGGAUGUGAUAUCUGUGAGUUUUUGCAUGUUGGUAUUACUCAUUAUACAUAUACUUAUUUGAAAUCUGAGAAUUUUGGUGAGACUUUUACUUAAAAUAAGUUGAAAUAGUUAGAAGGCUACUGCAGAAAGGUAUUCACUAAAGUGAACUGCAGGUUUUGGAAAUAGUGUUACUGAAAGAUAAUUACCAAUGAUUUUGCAAGAUAGUUCUUUAUACAACAAUUUGCAAUUUUCUCUGUAUUUUCCCACUAACAUUUGAAUGUUUGCAAAAUAAGUUUGUUGUGAUAUCAGUCUUAAGCAGAAUAGUCAUAUUUCUUGAGAUUUCUUUUUUAGGCAAAUUGUCAGACUGGAGUCUGUCUGCAUCCACUUUCAAAGUAGCAAAGAUGCUCCUAAUUCUACAGAAGUUGUAUUGUAGGUUUCCAGAUCUCAUUUAAGUCUUAGGUUAAUAUUCACAGAGAGUUAACCUAUUUACAUUAAUAACUAGACUUACUCAGCUCCAUUUUAGAAGUUUGUCAGUUUUUACCUGCUUGGUGCUUAAGUGAGUUGUAUUACCCUUCCUCCCCCCCUCUCUCUCUCUCUCUCUCCCUCUCUCUCACCCACUAUUUCACCCACUCCCUCUCCCUCCCUCUCACCAACUCCCUCUCCCUCCCUCUUGUAUGAAUUGGCUGUAUUUCAAGAAAAAAAAAUUAAAAAGUAAUUAUUAUAAACAGACAGUUUCCCUCGAGGUUAUAGACCUCAAUACAAGGAUGUCUGAACAUCUAAAAACUGAUUUUAGCAAUGGGGAAAGUCUGAUAAUCAGACAGUCCUGUUGAUCCAAGUUUGUGUGUACUAUUGAGUGAGACCAUAGUAAUUAACAGUGGCACAGUACACCCAUUAUUGUUUCAAAUUUCUGAGUCUGCAGCUGUCACCCUGUUUAACUAGAUGUAAGCCAUUCUAAUCCUGUUAUUGUUAAAGUAUUGUUAUUCUUAUUACAGCACUUUAUUUCUGGGUGGGUGACAAAGCACCUGGCUUGGUUUGUGUUUGGGUUGUGUACAUGCCUCAUGCUGAGAGUUGGUUACAAAUUGCAUGUAGUAGGGAAGCCUUUCUUCACACCAGAUACAGAAAACCAUUAAUUUAUAUACUGUGUAAGUGUUAACUUUGUAUAUUUUCCUGUUUUUACUUACAAUCUAUUAUGUUGAGAGCAGACUGACUUUGUCUAUGCUUGAAGAUUUUCCCAUGAUUGCAAGUCAAACUUCUAAAGUAUUUAGAGAAUAUAAAGUUUGGAUUUGUAUGAAAAAGUUAACACUUUAAUAUACUUUUUCUGUUUCACAGUUCUCCCUACCAUUUAUAGUUUUUUUUUUCUUUCUUUUUUAAACAAUGCUUAGAGGUCAGACUCAGGGAAUAAAGAACUGUGAAAGUUAAAGGUUGUAUUACUGUUAUCAGUGUGUUAUGUAAUGAUUAUUAUUGUGCUAAUUUUUGGUGCUAUAGUGAAUUGGUUGCUAAGUGUUUAUUGGCUUUAUUUAUUUAAACAUUAAAUAAAUCACACAACACAUCACUUACAUAUUUAAGCAGCUGUAUUUUAUGUGUAUCCAUUUACAGACUUGAAUGAGAGUAAAUUCAAAAGAUGA